AAUGAUGUACCAUACCAAAUUACCAAUGUCUUCUCUUUCCAAUGUCUCUUCAUUACAUUACAUAAAGUAAUAAGAAAACCAUAUAUGAUCUCUAUCUCGAUAGUUUAGCACUACACCAAUUGAUCACAAGUCUCUCGUCUAAUUUCUAAAUGGUAGAGGAUAUACCUUUCAUUGCUAUAUGUGUACUCACUUUGAGUUUAGUUUUUCUCCUCAAAAAAAUUCUCUCAAAAAGUCAAACAAAAAAUGUUCCAAAAGGGUCUUUGGGGUAUCCUAUUAUUGGAGAGACACUUAAUUUCCUUAAAGCACAAAGGCAAGUCAAGGGCUCUGAGUGGAUAGAAGAAAGGGUAUCAAAGUAUGGUCCUGUUUUCAAAACCUCCUUGCUGGGUUCUCCUACAGUGUUUAUUAUUGGACAACAAGGAAACAAGUUUAUUCUUGGUUCCUCAGAUGAUGUUUUGUCUGCUAACAAACCCCCUACCAUUCAAAAGAUACUUGGAAAGCAAACUCUAGCUGAACUUAUAGGAUCAAGGCACAGGUUGUUGAAGGGGGAAAUGUUGAAAUUCUUGAAACCUGAAUGCCUUCAAAACUAUGUGAAAAAGAUGGAUGAAUUAGUGUACAAAGUAUUACUUAAAGAAUUGAAAGAGAAUAAAACAACUCAAGUUGUGAGGUUGAUGAAGAAACUAUCCUAUGAUAUGGCAUGCAAUGUAUUGUUUGACAUAGAUGAUCACACAAGGGAAAUUCUGUUUGAGGAUUUUACCACAGCAUUUAAAGCAAUUCACUCUCUUCCAAUCAAUUUCCCUGGCACCUCAUUUUGGGGAGGCCAAAAGGCUAGGGCAAGAAUUGUGGCAAAGAUACUUCCUAUUAUGAACAAAAGAAGGGAGGAUUUGUCAAAAGGAGUUCUAAGCUCUACUAAUGAUAUGCUUUCUUGUCUUCUUGCUAUAAGGGAUGAAAAUCAUCAACCUCUAUCUGAUGACAUAAUUACAGACAAUUUUAUUUUUCUAUUUGUUGCAAGUCAUGACACAUCUGCUACUCUUAUGAGCUUGAUGAUAUGGAAGUUAUCAAGAGAUCAAGAGGUUUACAAUAAAGUUUUAGAAGAACAAAUGGAAAUUUUAAAGCAAAGGGAAGCAAAUGAAGAGGGGCUAACAUGGGGAGAGAUACAAAAGAUGAAAUACACAUGGAGAGUUGCUCAAGAAUUGAUGAGGAUGAUCCCUCCCUUGUUUGGUGCAUUUAGGAAAGCACUUAAAGAUACUUGCUACCAAGGAUAUGACAUACCAAAAGGGUGGCAAGUAUAUUGGGCAUCAAGUGGAACACAUGAGAACAAAGAUAUAUUUGAGAAUCCAUACAAGUUUGAACCAUCUCGUUUUGAAAAUCAAACCAAGCCAAUUCCACCCUUUACUUACCUUCCAUUUGGUGCAGGGCUUCAUAAUUGCAUAGGAAAUGAGUUUGCUAGGGUUGAGACAUUAACUACCAUUCACAAUUUUGUGAAGAUGUGUGAAUGGUCUCAAUUGAAUCCUGAGGAAACUAUUACUCGUCAACCUAUGCCAUAUCCUUCCUUAGGUCUACCAGUUAUGAUUAAACCAAGAUGUAAUAUGUCUUCUUAAACUCAAUUUAUUGUCCUGUAUUAUUUAUACAUUAAAGCAAACUGAACUCAAAUGGGCUGAGAAAAGACCAAGGAGGGCAGUGAUAACGGUUGAACUCAAAUUCUGCUUUAAUAAUUGACAAAUACAAACCUGUAUGAUUGUAUAGAUCAAGAUGAUACAAUGAUUGAAUGUUGAAUGUUAAAUAUUAAAAGCUUGCUAAAUCUUCCCGG